CUGGCACAUGUUAGUGUUGACUGACUGGCUUCAGGUUAUUUCGGCUAAUGUGUGGCACAUUUUGAACUUCCAACCCAAAAAUGAAAAGCAGCAAGACCCGAAACUCCUGGUGUGGGCCUCUGGUUCUUCUUGUUGCCUUUACCAUCGCAGAGAGCCGCCAUGCGUCUUACAACCCGCGCAAAGUUCAAGGCCCGAGCAGGACGUCUUUUGCUUCUGUGCAGCCUCAGGACGUCGCUGGUCCUUCGAAGCCCGUCAGUGUCACGUGUUACUCGGACGCCAUCGAGGUGGUGGUCCAAGCCGACUUAUUCGACACGGGACUUCUGCUGGAGCCGGAACAUCUGAGUCUGGGUUCGGGGCCGGCGAGUAGCGGGCGGUCAUGCCGUGCUUCCCCCACGGGAGAGCGGACGUUUACUAUCCGGGCAGACCUGCUGGACUGCGGGACUCGACUCUCGUCAACUGGAGAAAUGAUCAUCUAUUCCAACAUGCUGGUCUACUCGCCCGAGCCGUCAAUGGAGGGCUUGUUUCGACUGGAUGCAGCAUCUAUCCCAGUCGAGUGCCAUUUUGACAAGAAGUAUCCGGUGGAUGGCAUUUCUCUGCACCCCACCUGGGUUCCUUUGGUGUCUGUAAUCUCAGCUCACCAUUACAUAGACCUCCAUCUGCGCCUUAUGACUGACAACUGGCAGUUUGAGAGGCGGUCUCACACUUACUUCUUGGGCGACCCCAUGCACUUUGAAGCAUCUGCUGUGGUCCGAAAACACAAACCCUUGCGAGUUUUCGUCGACCAUUGCGUGGCCACAGACAGUCCUGACCCGCAAGCCCUGUUAAGAUACAACUUUAUUGAGCGUGGAUGUCUCAUGGACGCUUUGCUGACCAACUCCAGCUCUCACUUCCUGUCCAGGCUUGAAGAGCACACUCUUCGAUUUCAGCUGGAUGCGUUCAGGUUCCACCAAGGGCCCAGUAGUCAGGUUUACAUCACCUGCUGGUUAAGGGCUGUCCCAGCCACUUCAGCCAUCAGCUCUCACAACAGGGCCUGCUCUUUUGUUGACAAAAAAUGGUGGUCCGUGGACGGGAAAGACCAGGUCUGUAGAUCCUGCGAUCCUCUUGCAGUCAAAGAAAAACAAACAAACACAGAAACGAGGCUAGCCGCAAAAUCAGAGCAGAACUUUGCUCAGAACAAACCUCAACAACCGACUAGUUUUCUGUGGGUCCGUCCAAAAAUGUCUCAUAGUCACAAAUCUCAGCAGUCCUCUUCUCGACUGACCAAGAGAGGAGUAGACUAUGAAGCAGAGGGAAUCGUCCAGUUUGGACCACUUACUGUCAAAUAAAUCGGAGAGUAACAAAUCUUGCAUCAAGAAUGGCAAGUUUCUUGUAUUUGACGUGACAAGUGGACAAGAACUCCAUGGACUCAUGCACAGGACAGUGACUUGAUCUCAAUGCAUCAUUCAACUGCUUUCUUCAAUACACCUGUUUUACAAAA